UAAUCGAUUCUCCUCUCCUGCGUCGGGCAGGGCCUCGCCUCUUCUAUGAGUAUUGUGUUGCUGCUGAACGAGAAUUCAGCCCAGUGCGGAAUUUAACGUCAACCUUAUUCCAGUAAAUCAUGGCUGACGACGAAUUAGAAGCGAUACGGCGCCAGAGAAUGGCAGAGCUUCAGGCAAAGCACGGGGAUGCUUCAAAUAAUCAACAAGAGGAGACCAAACAAAGAGAAACCGAAAUGAGGAACUCAAUAUUGGCACAAGUUUUAGACCAGUCUGCCCGUGCAAGAUUGAGCAACCUGGCAUUGGUGAAGCCUGACAAGGCAAACGCAGUGGAGAACUAUCUUAUACAAAUGGCUCGAUUUGGAAAGUUAGGAGGAAAGAUUUCAGAAUCAGGCUUGAUUGAGAUCCUUGAAAAAGUCAGUCAGCAAACUGAAAAAAAGACAACUGUUACGUUCAACAGACGGAGAGUGAUGGACUCAGAUGAUGAAGAUGAUUAUUAAGUUAAUCUACGGAGGCCUGGGAUGCAACAAGUGUUUCUGACUUAAACUCCUUUGCUGGGAUAAAGAUGGGAUUUUUGAUUUUUUUUUUUUUUUUUUCUCGUUUUGUAACUGCUGGUAUAUUAUACAAACAUGUGUGUCUUCUUAGAACAGAUACACCUAAGAAGGAAAAACAAGGACAUUUGGCUGAUAAUUUGAAGGAUAGGAGAAAGCACUCUUGGUUCUGGAGGUGUUUUUGUAUUCUUCUUUCUUUCAAGUUAUUACACAUUGAUACAACUUAUGUUGUACUUCUAACAGACAGUAAACUGUUUGAAUCAUUUUUAUUUAAAGUAGUUAUUAUUUUACCUUGAUUAUAAAGCCUGCUCUUCUAUUAUACACAGCUAAACCUGAUCUGUUUAAAUUUUUGCACAUGCAAAUGUUUGGGUACCACAUACAGCUUUUUUCUGGACUUACAUUUCAUUUGUUCAAGACAUUAUUCUUGGAUGUUUGCUCGUUGCUGACUUGUAUUUCAAAGGUUUUCACUCCGAUAAAAAUGACAUGCCUUAUGGUCAAACGGUUGCUACAGAUGUAAUUUUUCCUAUGAUAAAUUCAUAUUCAUGGGUAUUUUAAGUAGAGUGAAAUUUACAACAUUACUCCCAAAAGAAUCUCACCACCAGUAAAAGUAACAAAAUGUAUAUUUUGAUUACUUUAUUUUUUAUCUGAAACACGUUGAUCUUGGAAAUGAGAGUGAAAACUUUGCCAAAUGUUUGCAUAUUCAUUUGAAAUAAAGCCUGAAGAAAAGAAACCUGUCUGAGCUGUCAAAUUGAAAUGUUGCUCAGAUUGAAACUUUGGAAAAAUGGAAUGAAUAACUUACAAAAGCAACGGGAUGUAAACAACUAUGGUGGCUGUGUGCUUGUAAUACUGAAAGCCAGACACGUGCACCUGUAGUGUGCCUUAGUGUGCUUUAAUGUACAUUAAGGCUUAAAAGAUUACAAAUAAAAGAAAAUCAUCCCUGA